AUAACAGAUUAUUAAUUUGUUAUAGAGGGCGAAGCCCUCUCACGGACCGAAGGGCCGUGAGAGCGGAGCUCUCCCUAUAGGUAACACGUAUAUACAUGUUUAAAAGGAAAAUAUAGAAAACUAAUGAAAAAUUAAACCAUACCUAUGGAACUUGAAAAUUUUGGUCCCAAUGGCGUCGAUUCGAAUACUAUAGCGUGGACAUGUAUUUCUCCAUUUUGAAUCUCGUGUACCCAAGUUCACGUUAUUCUGAGAUGUUACAUAAAAUCCAUAAAAGCAUGUAAAUUUUAUUUUCUUAGUCAUAUAUAAUCACUCCUCGAUUUAAAACGCGAAUUGUACAACGUUUCCUAUGUUGGUUUAUUUGCUAAACACCGACGCUGAAUAUGACGUCACAAUGCACUGUUUACAUCAGUUGCAUAGCGUUUCCCGCGUUCAAUGAAUAGGCGGAUCAAAAAUGUCUAACGUUAGAAUACUUUGAUUGAGUUCUGUCCUCACACUUUCGGUGCUAAUAUUUCGGGAUAGUUUUUGUCCUGUUAUGGAUCUAGAUACUAAUGCCAAUAUUUUUUGCUUCGCCCUCAAACACGGUCACGCUGUAAGACAUAUUACCGAGCGAAGCUCGGACGGGUCGAAGGCCCGUCCGCGAAGCAAGGCUCUAAAGGUAACACGUAUGUAAAAGAAAAAAGUCAAAAUCAUCAAAAGAAAAAGAGAUAAUCUCUAUAUACAUUCACUGAAAUUUUCGUGAUCCAUAUGGGCGCCGCCAUUUAUUUUUUCAUUACCUGCUUCAACAGUUAUUCGUGUUUUAUUUUGAAUGCCAAUAAUAGAAGACUCUGACGUGCAAUUCGUAAUUUAAACACUCAGUUUGUUCAAAGUGAAUAGUAUAAUUAUCAUUGUAACAGGUUUUAGCAAAUAAAUACAUAUAAAACCGUAAUACGACUAAAUAGAUGAACGAGUUCAUGAGUUUCUUUGAAUAAGAAUAUACGAUAAAAUUACGGUUACUUUUUUACCAUUUUGAAUUUAUUGGUUAAUUUUGUUUAGUUUUAACGGCCUUUUUCAUUGCAUACGGAAUGUAUUAUUGUUGUUUAUAAUUGUUUGCUUUGAAAAAGAGAAAAAAGUCGAGGCUAAAUGUGACGUCAUAAUGCACAGUUUACGUCGCCUUGCGUUUUAUUUCCCGCGUUCAAUGAAUAGGCGGAUCCUGUAAAACUGUUGUCCCCAUAUGAACCCAUUUAAUAUUGAGAUGUUACUGGGUGUUUAGCGCAAGGAAAAUUUCAUUAAAAAUAUUUUUUUUUAAAAUGAAUCAUAAUCUACCGUACUUAACGGAAUUAUGAUUACCACUUGGGACACUCCAAUGACCAUUACAUGCUUCGCUCGGUCCAACGGUCACACCGUAUACAUAUUAACAAAUUAAUAAUUUGUCAUAACAAAUAAGCCUUUUCACGAUAAAUCUCGCACAUGCGCACAAAUGCUUCCGGACGGCAACCUUCGAUCAUGUUUACGUUGGUUACAUGAAUUAUAAUGGCAAAGCGGGAUAAUUUGAACAAACUAAAGGUAAAUGAUCUGAGAAAUCUGGCGGUAGAUGUUGGCAUUGAUGUUAAAAGAAAGAAAAAAGAAGAAAUCAUUCAGGAAUUGCUGUUAAGUCAGACUGAAACUUCGAUUUUAACACCGAUGGUAAAAAAAUCUCCGCUAGUAGGAUCGUUUCAGGACAGCUUACCACCAUUCAACGUUGUUUCUUAUGAAAGUCCUGGUUACACGUCCAUCCCCACUAUAACAUUUAGUGAUAUCUACAGUUAUAUGAUCGAAAGACCAACAACAUAUGGUGGUACAGCAAGCAAUUUCAAGGGCUUGGACAGAUCUGUGAAGCACUUUGAAGCCGGUGACGUCCAAGAUAUUAAAGUGUCAAAGGUAAUUUUUUUAAUAGACCUAUCAAAUGAGAAUCUUUUUUCCACACCAUUUACUCUGAUUUGUGAAAUAGUCAUCAAUAUUAAUUGUACUGGCACAUGUAUAUAAAAAGUGCAUGCUCUACAUAUAGAAAAAUUGUUAGGCCUACUGUAUACAACAUUGUUUAGGGUUGUUUUUUAUUUAAUCUGUUCAAAGUUGUACACAUUCGUUCCAGAUAAAUAGUUCUGUCCUAUAUGUCAGAGCAAAAUGUCAGGCAUCUAUGAGGAAACAACAAUAUCAAGUUUUCAUUUGCAUCCUGACUACAAAUGCAGACAAACCAAAUGUACAGCAUGGAUACUGUCAGUGUCCUAUUGGGUUAGCACAGGCAUGUAGUCACAUAGGCGCCCUACUUUUUGCAUUGAGUCAUGCAAAAACUAAUGAGACGACUUCAGAAAGCUGUACAUCUCAACCAUGUAAAUGGAUCAUUCCUGGGCGACAAACAAAACCAAUCGGACCAAUCAGCACUUUGUCCAAGAAAAAGCUUAAAUUGGCAGAUACUGAAGAAAACCUUGAUCCACUCGCAGCUUAUGAUCCUUGCCAUUCAGAUGACAAAGACAUAAAUAUUAACACCACUCUGUGGCAGUUAAAGGAAUUAAGAGAUGUCUUUCCACAUACAGGGAUGUCCCACUUGUGGAAUAUACCCGACCAUGCCCCAGAAGCCAUAAAGGAAAUGGAGGUCCAGGAUAUUGAAGAUCCAAUGGUGACAAGGAUGAAAAAUCUUAUAUUUUGUGAGGAUAAUGCACCUCAGAUUACAAUUGAUCACGAAUUGGUUGAAUUUAUUGAGACGAGUACAAGAGGCCAGAGGACAUCAGAAAUGUGGCAGAAACUACAUAUUGGUCGUUUAACCAGUUCCAUAUUUGGUGAUGUAUUGAAAGCUGGACCCAAUCCAAAGUCUUUGAUCAAGCAAAUUGUGGAGGGGUCUAGUCUUCAGAAGUAUGCAUCUCUGCCACCAGCUGUUCAGUGGGGACAACAAAAUGAAGCAAAGGCACGCUCAGAGUAUGUCAAUCUGAAGACUGCCACAAACAACAAUUUUAAAGUUGAGGAUACAGGUCUCACUUUGUGCACAGAUAACUCAUUUUUGGGUGCCUCCAGUGACGGGAGAGUUUUUGAUGGUGACAGCAUAGGUGUACUAGAGAUUAAGUGUCCAUACUCCAUCAAGGGAACUCAAGUAACAACAAUGGAAGUGAGUGAGAUUGUUGCAAUGGGAUGUCCAAAUUUCUGUUUAGAAUAUAGUAUGGAAGGACCACGUCUCAAAAAGAGCGACAAGUUUUAUGCUCAAGUUCAGGGAGAAAUGGCAAUUAUGCGAUUACCAUGGUGUGAUUUUGUAGUAUGGACAGACGCUGCUCAGAACAAUAUUUGUAUUGACAGAGUGUAUUUUGAUUCAGAGUUUGUGUCCUCUAUGAUGCCUAGACUUAUUGAAUUUUAUAUGCAUCACAUUAUCCAGUUACAGAGCUCCAGAUAAUUUCUAUUAUUUAUCUACUUUUAAGAUUUUUAAUCUGUUCAAAUUCUGUUUUCCUGAGAUAUAUUCAUAAGAGCAAUGUCACUUUGAAUUUUAUUCUCCUAAUGGAUAGAAGUAAUUCUUUUCCCAAUUCAGAAUUUGAUAAACUUCAUAAUGCAUAUUUCUGCAAAGAAUCCUCAUCCUUAAAUAUCUGAAGCUCUGAAGUUACAUUUACAAUGUAUUAUUUGAACUUAUUGCUUUAUAAAAGAAAAGUCUGAAAAUAAAGUUGAA